AUGAAGAUUUCCAUUCCAAACGAUCCAAGAUUUGCCUAUUAAAAAUCUCAUUUGAGUCCUUACAUUGACAAAUCAAAAUCACCAUAUGGGAUUGCUAAGUCUCCAAUACAAUAAGGAAGCCCUUGUAAUAUUAAGUUUAACAUAUAUUCAGCCCUUUUCCCUACAUAUCCUUAAUAAAAUAGAAAUCUUUCUAUGUCAUUAUUCUAAACACCUUCCCCUUAGAGACUUCCAUAACCAAUGAUUUAAUAAUCUACCCCUUAAUCCAUAGGAAAACCAACUAUUGCACCUCCUUCUCCUUUAUAUUUACAAUAGUCCCAAUCUCCAUAAUCGGUAUAACCUAGAUAUCAAUAAUUGAUACAAACACAAGUACCUUAAGUUAAUAUUAGUAAUUAUGUGUACAUAGCAAUAUCUUUAGUUCGUGAGAUAGAGGAAGUGCCUGUAGUGCAUGAAGUACAUCAUGUAAAUAGGCCUAUAAAUGUGAUAUCUAUGGCUGAAAUAGAAGCCCCUUGGAGAAGUAAACAAAUUCUUUUGGAGAAACAAUUAAUUGAGUUAUAAUUGGUUUUAAAAUAUGGUUCUCCAAAGAAGGUAGAAACAAGACACAUAAUUGUGGAAGAUGAAAGUAGAAUUAGGGAACUUGAAUAAGAAAUUGAAAAAUUGAAGCAGUUAAUGAGAGAAAAUGAGGAAAACAUUUAAAAUUUGGAAAGUUUGGUCGAUUAAGCGUAAAAUAAUUUAGAGAAUGUUGAAGAAUAAGUAUAAAAUUAAUUGGAGGAAUAACAUGCUGAAUUAGCUAGAUGGAGGAAGAAGUUCUAAGAGCUGAACAAGAAAUAUCACGACUUAGAAGAGGAGAUAACAAUGACGGAAGCCCAGAUUGAGAGUAUUCAGAAAAGAGCAAUUAUUACUUAAUCCUCAUCCAGCAAAAUAAUAUCUAAGUCAAGGGUAAAUCAAACUAGUGGCAGUGCUGUAAGAGUUGCCAGUGUUAAUAAGAAUUUUUGA